CCAGGUGUGUGUGUAAAAUAACAACAGACCGGAAUAUAUACAGACCUUGAAAAAGUGUACGUGGAUCGAGUAAAACAGUGAAUGGAUUAACACAUACUUGCAGGAUUCAAAUCGUUAUGUACAGUUAGAUUGUUUUUACAAUUUACUUGUAAUGUUGUUUCUCGAGAUCGCGUGUUCCCAGUCAUCGUACGUCAUGCUUGAGUCACAGAUUUGCGCCUAAGCAGGGUCAAUGCUAUUUAGAGACAGAGCCACGUUUUGUUUACAUUCGAUCGCUGUGCUUCUUCGGUUCGUGCAUGGCAUUUUUAGAACGGGUUAAAUGUUUAAAUAUUUGCGUUUAGACAUCGGUGGAUAUUACUGAAAGAAAUAAAUAAAUUUGGAAGGAAAACAUCGCCGAAAAUGGGGAAAGACCAUGAUAUUAUCCAGGCAGUGAAAGACAGAGAUUCGCAUGGUCUCCAGAAGAUUCUUAACAAACUCGGGAAACAGUCUAAAAACAAACUUUUGGGAUCCAGUAAGAAAGGUGGCAUUAACUACCAGGACAGUGAUGGCAUGUCCGCUCUGCACCAAGCGGCUCUGGUUGGAAACCUGGACAUGAUGCAGCUGCUGCUGGAGAAUGGGUCAUCAGUCAGUAUCCAAGACAACAAAGGAAUGCUGGCCCUUCACUAUGCCGCCUGGCAGGGCAAGUCGGAGCCGGUACACAUGUUGCUACAAUGGCAGUCCCCAACCAAUGAGCUAGCUAAGGAAGGCGAGACGCCGAUUCACCUUGCCUGUCAACAUGGACACUUUGAUGUGGUAAACUUGUUACUUUUGCACCAUGCUAACCCUACUGUUGUAAACAAGGAAUGGAAGACUCCGUUAGACCUGGCCUGUGAGUUCGGACGAUAUCGGGUUGUAGAUCUACUUCUCAGGAGCAAUCUGUGCGCCGGCCUUCUCGCGGAGUCGCCAAGCGAUAUGAUCGACAACAAUCGUACCACCUGUUUACAUCUGGCCGCGAAAAACGGCCAUAUAGAAAUCAUCAGGUUACUACUGCAAGCAGGGGUCAAUAUCAACCGGUCCACGCUGCGGGGGACGUGUCUACACGAGGCGGCGCUGUGUGGCAAAACGGAGGUCGUCAGAUUACUGCUUGAUUGUGGUGUUGAUGUAAACAAGUCCAACUCGUACGACCAGACAGCGCUGGACAUCGUGACGACCUACACUACGACACGUGCUGCUCGGGACCUGAAACAGCUGCUCAAAGAAUUACUCAAAGAAAAUUACAAAACAAAUCUACAGAAAAAACGGGGAGUGGGAGAUCCAACAUCCGUGCAAAGAGUUCAGUGGAGUUCUGUGUUACCCAGCAGAGGGUUUCACAAGGACUACAUGGGUCCGGCCAUGGUAGUAGAGUUAUCAAUAGGUAAAGAUGACCAUUACAGUGCUGUGCUGGGUUGA